AUGGGUGAAGUCUGGACAGGUUUGAUGCAGUCCGUUGGUGCAAGUAGAAAGGUAUUUGAAUACAUCGAUCGUGUACCAUCCAUCCUCCAUUACGGCACUUCUCAACCAUCGACAUUUAAAGGACGUAUCGAGUUCCGCAAUGUUCAUUUUAGCUAUCCCACAAGGAGCAAUCUGCCAAUACUUAGACUGACAAUGAGAAAUAAAAUAUCAAAUCAGCACAAAUAG